GCUUUGCGUUCCAAUUGGCGCUUUCAGCAGGGACGAUAGAGAUAGAAUAGGCGUUUUUCUAAAUCACUAGAGCGGCCGCGAGAAAAAUAAUUCCAUGAAGGUGAAAGGUUAGCGGGGAAUCGGCAACAGUCUGGCGGAAGUUGAUAGCUUAACGUCACUUCCUGGCCUUUUCCUUUGGACCUCUGGCGGGCACACGUGCUGCCCGGCGGGUAAUUUUUGUUGUUGCGGCUGCCUCCUGCAGGGUCGGGUUGCCAUGAGUUUGCCUCUCAAUCCAAAGCCCUUCCUCAACGGGCUGACUGGGAAGCCUGUGAUGGUGAAGCUGAAGUGGGGCAUGGAAUACAAGGGCUACCUUGUCUCCGUCGACGGCUACAUGAAUAUGCAGCUUGCAAAUACAGAAGAAUAUAUUGAUGGUGCAUUAUCUGGACACCUUGGUGAAGUUCUGAUAAGGUGUAAUAAUGUCCUUUAUAUAAGGGGUGUGGAGGAGGAGGAAGAAGAUGGAGAAAUGAGAGAAUAAACUAUUUUUUGGAAACUUUUUUUAAAAAGUGCUCAGUCUUUUUUUUUUUUAAAUUACAAUAUAUGUCAUAUUUGGGUUCUGUGGUACAUUUGUAAAUGAGCCUGCAUACUGUAUCUGGUGGUUAAGAAAGUUAUUUUGUUGAAGGAAAAUAUUCACUAUGAAAUAAAGAUUCCAUUUGACUGUU